AUGUUUUCGUUCUGCUGCAACAAUGGGAAGAUUAAGUUGCCGGCGAUUACGUUGCCACCAAAAAGUAUAUAUGAUCUAUUUUUCGGCAAUGAUGAAUUAUCAAUAAAACUUCUCCAAAACAUCAUAACCUACAACAACAUGUUCUGCUUCACAUCAAUAGGCGGUAAAAUAGACACGAGCGUGAACAAGGGCGGCAGACCACCUGUUUUCCGAUUAAGUGGACAAAACUAUCAUCUAAUAGGCAGUCUCCUUCCAGAAGAAGGCAAACCACCAAAUUUUGCCCAGUUGUACAUAUACGACACGGCAAAUGAAAAGAACAACCGUAUAAAUGCUGUCAGGGGUAGUGGUGAGCAAGAUGACAUUCAUGUAGAAAUAGUGAAUGUCAUUCAGAGGGAGCUAGAUAAGAAUAAUGUUUUGGUUAAGUCAUUUCGGAUGGCUAUGUCUGAGCUUGAUAGUAAUCCAUGCGCUGAAGUGAAAAUAAAGUUGUUGGGAAAACGCACUAAAGAUGCAAGGACAUACAAUCUACCGCAAGUGUCUGAAGUAGCAGCUUUAAUAGUUGGAGAUCUUGAUACCAGUAUUGGUGAGCGUGAUAUUGUGGUUCAAGCUAAGGGUGGGCAAUUGCAGAGAAUCAGUGAAUUAAAUCCUUCAUACCUACCACUGCAAUACCCAUUGUUGUUUCCAUAUGGUGAAGAUGGUUAUCGGGAAGACAUUGCAUUCUCGAACGUACUCGGCAGCCAUUCUGCUGGUGGUAGACAUAGGAUUAGCUCCAGGGAGUUUUUUUGCUAUCGCAUACAGUCUAGAAAUUAUGUUCAGAGUACCAUUCUAUUUGCAAAGCGGUUGUUCCAACAGUUCGUUGUCGAUGGAUACACAAUGGUUGAGUCAGGAAGACUCAUUUAUAUUAGGACACACCGAAAAAGCCUAAGGUGUGAAACAUAUAGUGGGUUGACCGACACUUUAACAAGGGGUGAAGUAACCCCGGAGCACAAGAUGAAGUUGGAUUCCUUGAUAGCUGAUUGUCGAAAGAAUAAACUUUUUGGCUCUGUAGCUGGAGUUAUAUAUACAAUUGAGUUCCAAAAGCGAGGUCUUCCGCAUGCUCAUAUAUUGCUUUUUUUGGAGAAAAAUAAAGAAGUUAGUCAAGUGGUUACUCUAAACAAAAUCAUUUUCACUGAGAUACCAGAUGAAAAUACAGAUGUAGAAUAUUACAACGCUGUAGAGGAAUUUAUGAUGCAUGGUCCAUGUGGAAAAGCAAGGAGCAAUUCUCCAUGUAUGGUAAAUGGGCGAUGUUCAAAACAUUUUCCUAAGAGAUUUGUUGAGUGUUCUACAUUUGAUGACGAUGGUUAUCCGAUAUAUAGACAGAGAGACAACGGCAGUAUAGUUACAAAGAACGGGAUCGCGUUGGACAACAGAUAUGUGGUACCGUACAAUAGACAUUUAUUACUUAAGUACAAGGCUCAUAUAAAUGUCGAGUGGUGCAACCAGUCACGCUCAAUCAAGUACCUGUUCAAGUAUGUUAACAAGGGUCAUGAUCGGGUAACUGCCGAAUUCUACAAAAGAAGCAAUGAUGAAGGGAAUGAAAAAGUCAUAGAUGAGAUUAAUAUGUACUAUGACUGUAGGUACAUAUCCCCAUGUGAAGCGGUUUGGCGUUUGUUUGGUUUUGAUAUACAGCUUAGGGCUCCUUCAGUGGAAAGGUUAAGCUUUCACCUUCCUAAUCAACAGAGUAUGGUCUUUACAGAUGAUGAUCCUGUUGAGAACAUUGUUAAUAAACCCACUAUAGCACAGAGCAUGUUCAUGGAAUGGUUUGAAGCUAAUAAUACAUUCCCAGAUGCAAGAGAGCUUACUUAUGUUGAGAUGCCAACAAGAUUCAUUUAUGCAGAUAUCAGGACUGUCAACGGUGUCCACUAUGCCUCAUUUCGAGAUGCGUGUUAUGCAAGAGGUUUAGUUGAUGAUGAUAACGAAUAUGUUGAUGCAAUAGAUGAAGCCAGUCAUUGGGCGUCAGGAGAUCAGUUGAGGAGAUUAUUUGUUACAUUGCUAAUGAGCAGUUGCAUGGGUAAACCGGAAACAGUUUGGAAUGCUGUGUGGCCACAAUUGUCUGAUGAUGCACAAUUCCAGGUCCGCAAACAAUUGCACAAUAGAGAUUUUGUGUUGAUUGAAUCUCACAAGAUGAACUUUGCUUUAGUGGAGAUUGAAAAGCUGUUAUCAAUUCAUGGUAAGAGUUUGAAGGACUAUCCUGAAAUGCCAACGGCAAAUUUUGCGGCUUUGAUGUUAUAUCAAACAGGCUUAUACAAGAAGAAUUAUCAUGACUGUGUAGAUCAGGAAAAAGAGAACCAGGAAUUGGUAAGGCAGUUAACAAAAGAGCAAAAGGUCAUAUACAAUGAGGUGUUAACCGAUAUUGAUCGCCAAGCUGGCGGGUUAUUCUUCGUUUAUGGUUAUGGAGGGACUGGUAAGACGUUUUUGUGGCGAGCAUUGUCCUCCGCUUUAAGGUCUCAGAGGGAAAUAGUGUUAAAUGUUGCAUCUAGCGGCAUAGCUUCGCUUUUAUUACCAGGUGGAAGAACUGCACAUUCUCAGUUUGCCAUACCGAUAUAUGUUAAUGAAGAUUCCACUUGCAACAUAAGUCACGGCAGUCCAUUAGCAGAGCUUAUUGUGCGAAGCAAGCAGAUUCUACCAGUAAUUUCGAAGGGUACCAGACAGGAUAUUAUUCGGGCAAGCAUUAGUUCCUCAUAUCUUUGGAAAUCCUGCAAAGUAUUUAGGCUAACUAAGAAUCUACGCCUAAGAAGUGUACAAUCACAAAUCGAGGGUAAAGAGAUUGAGGAGUUUGCAAAAUGGAUAGCUAAUAUAGGUGACAGAACUGUUGGUAAUUCAAGUGAUGGUGAGUCAGAUAUUACAGUUCCAGAACAUUUAUUGCUGAAGUGCGAGGAUGACCCUAUUGCUACAAUUGUUGAUAGCACCUUCCCUCAUUUUAGGCUGGGGAUUGGCGAUCUGUCAUAUCUUAAUGAUAGUGCUAUUUUGGCUCCAACAUUGGAUGUGGUAGAUAGUAUUAACCAAUACAUGAAUGAUCAUAAUCCGGCUGAGGGUAAGACUUACUUGAGUUAUGAUUCUGUUUGUAAGUCAGAUUCAAAUGUUGAUAUGUUAGCAGAUUUGCACACUCCCGAAUUCUUGAAUAGCCUGAGAUGUUUUGGAGUACCAAAUCAUGCUUUGACAUUGAAAGUUGGGUCACCUGUUAUACUCUUGAGAAAUAUUGAUCACACACUAGGAUUAUGCAACGGUACAAGGUUGAUUGUUACUAGCAACAACUUAGAGUCUGGAAGAGCAAGAAUUGCGCUAGUCAAAUGUAAAUUUCUUUACAAAGAAUACAAUCAGGCAAGGAAAAUCGACCAAAUCCGAAAGAAAGAGCAAAGGUUUUAA